AAAAUAUGAGAGCAGGAAAUAACAGUUCUUUAAUAGGGAAGGGGGGAAAAAACCAUAAAAGGAUAAAAUAAAACAAUGCAAUACACUAGAACAACACUGACAGAGUCAGAACUCAACCUGACACCGUUCGUUAGUCAGGGUAUUGGUAGCAGUCCAGUUGGAAAAGUGGCUGCAGCCCUCCUGGAAUGUCAGAUGUGGUUCUGCUGGAGCAGGGGGGUCCUGUAGAGAAAGGGUGUAUUCUUCCUCUGCAGAUCCGUGGAAGUAGAAGCAGCUGCUGUUCCUCUGGGAAAUCCAGUGGGAAGCCGUGCUGGGUUGUCAGAACCUCCAGAUUAUAUCUGAGUAGCAAUGCUUGGCUCCUCCCUCUGGGCAGAGCAUCUCCCAGUGGGAUGUUCUUAUCAGUCAUGUAGUGACAUUCAAUAGCUUGUUAUCAGCAGAUACCCCUCCUGAGAGAGGAGUGGUUGUGAUCACUCAGGCAGAGAGAUAAGGAGAAUUGCCCAUUUGACACCAGACAACUGCCCUACAGAUGGUAACAGAAUACAUCUUGCCUUGCAAUCUGGAACACAUGAUCGCAAUGCCCCAGGAGGCCUCCAAUCAGCACAUCUCCCACCAGCUCAUCUCUAUUCACAUAAAACAGACCUAACAAAGUCCCUCUCCUGGAAAGCUCGCUCACCAGCUAUGAUUCGUGAUCCCUGGCAAACAUGCUGCCUGUCUUGGAUCACAACCAGGCCCUUUUCCAACUGCUCGUGCUCCCUGCCUACAUGCUCUCUUUGCACUAGCCCCAAGCCAGGCUCCCUCCCUCGCCUCCUGGUUGCACCCCUAUUGGCAGCUCCUCUGUGCUCUGUGUUGUCAAACCGGCCACAACCCCUCCCACUCAUGCAUUGGCUCUAAGCUACAGCGGCACUGGCCAUGCGCGUUGUGUCUGGCCGGGAGCGGGGCGGCGGCGGCACCUGGAGCUCGGCGAGCCGGCAGCGGAGCUUGGAGGAGGCUGCAGCCCAGGGUGCCAUCAGCGCCGGUGUAAAGCUGUUCCCGAGGCCGAACUCCCAAAGGCUCCUGAUGUCUCGGGAACCAGGUGCUGUUUGUUCCAGGCAGAGAGAUGGCGCCUGUGAGCUGGAGGAGAGUGAAUCCUGUCCCAUUCCUGGAGCUGUGAAUGAGCCCCAGCAUCUCCAGGAGGGAGCAGCAGCCGGGGUUCCACACUUGCCUGGGGCGCAAGAAGCCUCUUGGCAUAAGCAGGGGGAUAUCACUUGGGAGCGUGCAGUGAGUGCAGAUGUGGAGAAUGGAUCCUGCACCAGGGAUGGGAGUGUGAGGGAGCCCGUGAUUCUCCAGGGCACAUCAGCAGCCAAUAAAGAACACAAAAGGAACCACAGAAGAUUCCUGGGUGAAUGGUUCAGGUCCCAUCCCGUGGGCACGGCGGUGCUGAUUCUGCUGCUCCUGGUGCUGGUGCCGGCUUUGGGGGUGGCCUUAGCUGUUCAGUCAGCAGCACCACAGGUUCCGGUUACACCUGCGACUCCACAGUGUGUUCUGGGCUGUCCCUCUGGCUGGGUCGGCUACAAUGGGGUCUGCUACUACUUCUCAAGGGAUUACAGCACCUGGGAGCAGGCUCAGGAACGCUGCUCCCAGCUCAAUGCCUCCCUGGCCAUUGCCAAGGAUGAGGAGGCCAUGGAUUUGCUCUUCCGCCUCCGCGGGAACGGCGAUUUCUGGCUCAGGCUGCGCAGACGGGGCGAGCGCCUGCAGUGGGAGGACGGCAGCAGCUACAGCUCCCGGGUUCCUGUCCUCGGCAAUUCCGACUGUGUGUACCUGGCUGACAGGAAAAGAUUCAGGAGUGAGUUCUGCUCCAAUGAGCGGCCGUAUGUCUGCAGCAAGGCCCAAGCUCCCCUGUAACAGGGGCUGCAGAAAGGACCUUCUCCACGCUGGGCAGUGCCCGCUUCACCUCUGAGCCCAGCACCGGGCUGCCCUUCCUCAGCUGCACCCUGUGCCUUGCACUUCCUCUCAGGGUCACCUCAGUGCCUCUUCAUCCCCAGUGCCAGCGCUGGGCUGGGGCUGCAAAGGAAAAGUCUCUGCAAUCCCUCUUCCACCGAUGCUGCCUGGAGUGAGGGCGUUGCCCUCAUGACACAACAAGCUCCAAUGGGAAAUCCAGAUCUGCCUGGCCUCUAGGAAAUCAUCACAAACUGGCCUGAAUGUGACACUUUUGGACUGUCUUUGGAAGAGGAGGAAGAACCGCUGACACGUGCUGAGCAGGAAUCCGACUUUUGGCAUCAGGCACCUGACUGUGGAGAAUAGUCUGCUGUCUGUCUAUCUGUCUGUCUGCUGUGAAGGAUCUGACUGUCCUCCUGUGGGAGCAAUCCCAGGCUGGAGCAGGACAAGGAUUUGCAUCUCGGAGGGAGAAGCAGUGACAUCAUGUGACUGUAACCCCCAUCCCCACUGUGUGGGGAGGGGAGAGGGAGGGAACUGGGGACAAAGUGAAGCCCAGAACGGAGAGAAGAGUGUGGAGAACGUGCAUUUUUAGGAUUUGGCAUACAUCUCAUUCCCUUGCUCUUAUUUAUUUGAUAAUAAAUUCAAUCAAAUUUAA